AUGAUGAUGGAACAGACUUCGCUGCCGUUCCAGUCAAGCUCGUUCUACCCGAGUCCUUCGUGGUCUCCGCCAUCGAGUGAAGCAACGUUCGGCAUGGUGUCGAACUAUAUCAAGAGCGAGCCGCUCUCACCGGAACAGACGCUCAUGACGAACAUGAGCCCCCGGGUUCAGAACACCCCGUGUUCCUUGACGCCUCCGCCGACCAACUACCCGAGCUCACAGUACGCACCGCUGACCCCACCGUACAGAUACGAGCAGAACAACAAUUUCCCACAAAACAACAACAGCAACAACAACAACAACAGCAGCAGCUACUGGCAGACCAGCACACCUCCACCCUACGAGGAUUACUUUUCUGAGGCGCAGUACGCCGAGAGGGAGUACACCGACGCUCCGAUUUCGGAUAGAACGGGAUGCCUGGAGGAGCUGAACGACGAGGGAGCCCUCGAACAGCUGCGGGCGAUCUGCCUUCAACAGGCGGCCAUGGACGUCAAGUUGGCGUGCCACAUGCUCAACAUUUCACCAAAUCCGUACUCGUGGGACAUGCACGACGUGCAACGAUGGAUUCUGUGGCUAAUCAAAGAGAAGAGACUCGAAUGUUCCGCCGAGCAAAUGCACUUGUUCUACAAGGUUUCCGGAGCUCAAUUCGUCAGCUGGUGCGACAAAAUGGUCAACAACCAGCAGUUAUCCUCCGCUCAGCGAACUAUGGUCGAGGCCAUAUCCGCUCACUUGGACAUAUGGAAAUCCGCUGCUCAGGCAAUGCAGAGCUCAAGACCCGAGAUGGAAACCCCGGAGAACUUCAGUCAGCCUUCACCGCCUCGCUACGAAGACUCGUACAGUGACGAUGAUGAUUCCUCUUCGGCCUCGCAAGGUUGCUCGACGCAGCACAUCCACCUCUGGCAGUUCCUAAAGGAGUUGCUAUCCGACGCGCAGCAGCAUGGGGCUUGCAUACGCUGGUUGGAUCGCGGGAUUUUCAAAAUCGAAGAUUCUGUUCGAGUUGCUAAACUCUGGGGACGACGCAAGAACCGUCCCGCAAUGAACUACGACAAGUUGUCUCGUUCGAUUCGGCAGUACUACCGCAAGGGAAUCAUGAAGAAGACCGAACGAUCCCAGCGGCUUGUCUACCAGUUCUGUCCAGCUUACGCAAACUAG